AUGAGUUAGAGUACAUUUGCUGCAUUUUUGUACUUCUUUGAAAUUCCUGCUUUAACUUGGUAAAGAGAGUCUUUUUAUACUCCAACUGAAUAGAGACCAAGAUGUUAUUAUAUGCCACUAUUUUAAAUUGAAUGGAUUAGUGAUAUCCCUUAGGUUUGGACUGUAUUCUAUGGACUUUGUGGAAGAAAGUAUUUUGAAAGGUAGCAUUUGGCUUAUGUAGACAGAAAUUAGAUUCAAUUCCAUUAGAUCUUAGAGGACGAGGAACACAUUGAUUUAUGA